GCGUCGUUGCUCGAAGCGUAAGGUUGGCCCAGACACAGGCUUAGGGAGAGAUUGGCAGUAACAACAAACAGAAACAUAAGCCGAAAACGAAGACAAAGCCGAAACAACAACAGCAGUGGCAGUUGACACUCUGGGAUACAGCUUCUCCGGCUGAGUUCACAAUUUGAGAUACAAAACGCGGACAGACAAACAACAGAGCGUUGGCAAAUCCAGCAUGGAAACCUAUUUGACCGAGAUCAAACAGUUGCGUAUACCACGCCCGAAAUUCGAGCCCAACAGCUGCCACCAGCAGCACCAACAUGCAACAGCAGCGGCGGCAGCGGGGGCAGCGGGAGUAACCGCGACAAUGACACCGCCGCCCCCUCAUCAUCAUCAUCAUCAUCAACAGUAUAAUCAUCAUCACCACGCCCAUCAUCAAUGGCGACACUUUGUGCGGCCCUUUACGCCUCCACGUGAUUAUCACUUGCCUAUUGUUGGUGCCGCCGUCUCCUGGUCGACAACGGAGGACAGUUCCACGCACGAUAAAAUGUAGGCGGCAGGGGGCGUGUGAGGGGGUGUUGUGCGGGUCUGCGGUCUGUUUGAGCUGAAUUGGUUUAAAUUGUAUUGCAUUGGCGUCAGCAAUGGCAACGACAUCGACAUCGACAACGACAACAACAUCGGAGGUGUAUAUCGUAUUGAUUACACUCAUUGGCUAUCUACACACACACAUAUACACAGUCGCACACACAAAAACACAUGCUACUUAAAUAUAUAUUAAUAUCAAGAGUUGAAAGCUCUAUUGCAUAAUUAAGUGCUUAAGUUUAGUGAUUAUUUUAGUUUUCUCAUACAUUAGAUACAAUAAAGAAUUAAAGCUGGUUUAGUGUUUUGUU